GGCUUUCUGCUCGGGUCCUUGACCGCCAGCGCCCUGGGCUGGGCGGAAACGCGGCUGACCCUGUAGCGGUGGCUGUAGCGCGUCGGCACCAUGCGCCCUGCAGCCCUGCGCGGGGCCCUGCUGGGCUGCCUCGGCCUCGCGUUGCUCUGUCUGGGCGGUGCGGACGAGCGCCUGCGAGACAGACAUGAGUGGAAAAAACUAAUUCUGGUUCAGCAUUGGCCUGAGACAGUAUGCGAGGAAGUUCAAAAGGACUGUAAAAACCCUCCGGAUUACUGGACGAUACACGGACUGUGGCCCGACAACAGUGAAAACUGUAAUGGAUCAUGGAAGUUUAAUUUAAAAGAGAUUCAGGAUCUUUUGCCAGAAAUGAAGGAAUAUUGGCCUGAUCUCAUUCACUUGUUCCCCAAUCGCAGCAGCUUCUGGAAUCAUGAGUGGCGUAAGCAUGGGACCUGUGCCGCCCAGGUGGACGCGCUCAACUCCCAGAGGAAAUACUUCGGCAGAACCCUGGAACUGUACAGGGAGCUGGACCUCAGCAGUGUGCUCCUAAAAUUGGGGAUACAACCAUCCAUCAAUUACUACCAAGUUGCAGAUUUUAAAGAUGCCCUUGCCAGAGUAUAUAGAGUGAUACCCAAAAUCCACUGCCUUCCGCCAAGCCAGGAUGAGGAAGUCCAGACAAUUGGCCAGAUAGAACUGUGCCUCACUAAGCAAGACCAGAAACUGCAGAACUGCACUGAGCCGGGGCAGGAGCCACCCCCCGAGAAGGAAGUCUGGCUGGCGGGUGGGGGCACCGAGAGCCGGGGUCUGCGGGUCUGUGAAGAUGGCCCAGUCUUUUAUCCCCCACCUAAAAAGGCCAAGCACUGAUGCCCAUGUUUGGGAACUUUUCUGUGUUUUAAAAAGCAAGAAAAAUUCACAAACUGCAGUUUUCUAUAAAACAACCCCAAAGGGAAGUCUCGUGUUUGCUUUUGAACAGCAAGCCUUCGUGUUUGCUCUGCUGUUUUCCUUCUGUGCCUGUGAACUGGGUUUUGUAGUCCACGUAGAGAUGGCGUGCAUGUGAAGUUCAUGGGAGAAAGGAGCUCUCCCGCGCCUGAGUGGCUGCUUUGUGCUUGGGAUGAUAAAGCUCACAGAUCGUUCUUUUCUUCUCCA